GAGAUUCUAUCAUCAAGCCCACGCAGACGGCAUGGUGAAGCCAGCAACACGAUGGUAUGCUGUCAUUAAUCUGCACGAAUUAUAGGGCACUUGACGGACCUGAAAAAAUCGCCCGAAAAUAAAGACUUUGAAGUGGAGGUUGGAAAAUUUAUGAAGUGAAUAGAACUUUAUCAUAGACGCAAAAUCAUGACAGAGGUCGCCGAUAAGCAAAUACAGCUACGGUCCCUGGACAGGCUGGCACGGAGACGUAGGCGACUGAGAGACGUAGUGUUCAACAAGAAAACCAUGGAUCCACAAAUGUUGGAAGAGAAGCGGCGGCAACGGAUCCAGGAGACGUUGAAUAGGAUGAAUAACAACGAGACAAUCGUUAAAAAUCCCAUGAUGGCUCACUCGAGAUACCUUAUGCCUACUGUGGGAGACCACGUAAGAAGCAACGGUACGCAUGUAUUGUUGCCGACAUUGACGCCUUAUCGACAGACCACUGACUGCAUGCUAUCGAACGAUAAAGAAACCGACACUGACGCGAAACGUUUAUCUUCUAAGAUUCUCAAUAAGUUCCGCUUGGCUGCGCUGUGUAUGAUUAUAUCUUACCGUCUUGUCAAGAAAUAUGCUCUACGGAAAAGUGACCGGGACAUGUUAGAUUUCUUUUCCGCCUUGAAGAACACCAAUCUACUUCAAUUCGACCAUAAGGUUCGAGUUUCACCAGCCACAGAACACGUCCUUGGGUUACACCCCUCAGCGAGAAAACCCGAAUUACUUCGAAGGGUCCAAGCCGAGUUACACAACACUAAAUCUGUGGCCGAAUACCCCGUUGCUAUGCAACAACAAAUAUCGAAAUACGGAAGUUAUGUGACGUAUGGUUCUGAACGCGUGGUCAUUCGCUAUGGGCAACGUCCACACGCCUUUUAUUUCUUACUAUCUGGUUCGGCUAUCUUGGUUGAGGGCGACCCAGAACAAGUGGGGAGGGCUGUCCGUAUUAUGAAAGAAGGCGAAAGUUUCGGGGAUUUUAUUGACAUAUUCAUGGCAGGUGGAAUGAAGAAUUUCACGGAUUCCUCCAACAAUACAUUUCUGAAAAGCGGUGCUGUAGCUGUGAGCGAUAGUAAUAAAUCAGAAUGGAUUUACAUUAUUAAGUCGGGCAGCUGUUCAGUACUCAAAAUGUUGAAAAGACCCGAUAACUCUAUCACGCAGGCGCGAAAGAAACUCCUAUCAAAGUAUCCAAGCCUUCCCACAAGCCGCAAACGGCGAAAACUGAAAUCCGCAAUACGGAAAUUCAACCACCAAGAUGUUCUCAACAAAAAGAGCGUCGCCGCGAUUCACCGCACCGGCAGACAGCUAACGAGACGCACAUCUACCGCAUCUAUGAGCUCAUUCAUGCCACAGGUAGCUCAUAAUGAAGUUGCUGAAAGUAAUAUAGAGGAAGAAGCCGAAAACGAGGACGAAGGCUUGCUUCCGCCCUUGAAAGGCAAUCGACUGAACCCCGAAGCUCACAGAAAGAUUGGAUCGUACGGAGCAAGGAAGAUGUCCACUGUCACAUUUGCUCAGGGCCCGUUUUUAACGCACAGCUUACCACUAGGUACACCUGCAAUAAACACUGCUAUUGACGCUAGAAGAAGGCGAAUGGCCAUAAAAGUAAAGCCGAGACCACCACGAGCAGAUUCGGUACUCAGUACAGCAUCGCAACAAAGUUCAAUGAGUAGUAACAGUGUAUUUAGUAAAAAUUUAUAUGCGAAUUCAAUUGGUGCUAGUCAGAAUCAUAAAAAUAACGUCUUUAUCAAACUCGACAUCCUGGAACGAGGCUCUGUUUUCGGAUUAUUAGAUGUCGCGUUCGGUGAUCAGCCAAGUCUGAGCCUAGUCAGCAACGGAGCCGAGUGCAUACUUAUAUCAAAAAAGUUUUAUUUGAAGUACGCAUCAGAAGCUAAUAUCAAAAGUAUAGUCAAAGAGAUGCGUCCUUAUCCAUCGGAAGAAACACUGACGGCUGAUUUGGAACAAAAAAUAAAUUGGACCUCAUUCAGGAAAGAUCGCUACCACUCGGCCAUAGGCCGCCGUAAGCCACUGAGAAGAACACAAAUUAAACUCUGA